GUCACGUGACCACCUGACCGGCCUGACUGACAGAUUAACUCAGUCAGAUUAAGCGGGAUGAACACAGCUGACAUAAGAAACGUCCAAAUUUAUUUUGUGUGGAAACCCUUUAACUUCUAAGCUGUUGGAUAAGUUUUCUGAAGGAAGUCGAAAAUGGCUUCAAACAUAACUCAAGAUGAUGAAAACACCAUGAAGAUUUUAAUUGCCACUGACAUUCAUUUGGGAUACAUUGAAACACAUCCUGUCAGAGGAGAUGAUUCUUUCAUCACGUUUGAGGAAAUCCUGAAGUUAGGCGUGAAACACAAAGUGGAUUUUGUCUUGCUUGGCGGAGAUUUGUUCCACGAUGGAAAACCUUCUGUCAACUGUCUCAGCAGGUGCAUGGACCUGCUAAACAGAUACUGCAUGGGACAUGGAGAGGUGAACAUCAACGUGCUCAGUGAUCCUGCUGAAAUUUUUAGUUUCUCAGCGAAUCCAAUGGUCAAUUAUAUGAAUCCAAAUUUGAACGUUGCUCUGCCAAUCUUUUCCAUCCACGGCAAUCAUGAUGAUCCCCUUGGCUACAAUGCGAAGUGCUCACUCGACAUGCUAAGCGCAGCUGGUCUAAUUAACUACUUUGGAAAGUACACAAACCUGCAAGAUGACAUUUCUCUGGUGCCCCUUUUGAUAUCCAAAGGCAACACUAGAGUUGCGAUUUAUGGGCUUGGAUCCUUGAAGGACAAGAUGGCUAGUCGGUUGUUCAGACAAGAACAAGUCAACAUCAUGCAGCCUGAGGAACCUGAUAGCUGGUUCAACAUUAUGGUUCUGCAUCAGAACAGAAGUGCCCACACGAAAGACGAGUGCCUCCAUGAAUCGUAUCUCCCUGAGUCGAUGAACCUGGUUUUCUGGGGCCAUGAGCACGAGUGCAGGAUUGAACCUGAAUUCAAUGCAACUAGAAACUUCUAUGUCACUCAACCAGGCAGCUCCGUAGCAACAUCACUGUGUGAGGGAGAAUCAAGGGAAAAGAAAGUUGGUAUUUUGUAUGUGAAGGGAACCAAAUUCCACAUGCGACCAAUUCCUCUGGAGACUGUCAGGCCUUUUAUAUUUGAUGUGGUCGACCUCGCCACUGAAUACAGGGACAAACCUUCUCGCACAAUGAAGCAAGGCGUGCAAGCAUUUUUGGAACAACGCGUCGAAGAACUACUGAGAGAAGCGGAAGGCCAACUGACUGGAAAUCCUAAACAGCCAAAAUUGCCUCUGGUCAGACUGAGAGUGGAAUGCUUCAAACAGGAAGAGUUGUUUAAUACUGUUCGCUUUGGACUUCAGUUUGAAGAAAAGGUUGCUAACCCGACUGACAUGAUUGCUAUCAAGCGACCUCAAGCUCCCAAAAAGAUCAAGGUUGAAUUGGACCAGGACGUGUUUGACUCUGCAAAGACAGAAUCUGUGCUGCACAAUGUUGAAGAACUUGUGGAGAAAUAUUUCAAUGACUGUGAAGCAGGAAAGAGAAUGCAAGUUUUGCCUGUUGUAUCUGUGAAUGAAGCGCUUGCUCAGCAAAUGAAAGGCGACCUUUCCGCUUUUGACAUUGUCAUUAAAAAAAUUAAGGACAAAGUUGUCAAAAGCAUCUUGGACAAGGGAAUCAUUGAGGAAGAUGAGAUCAGAGAAGAACUUGAGGCUAUCAGAGAUACGAAAAAUGGACCUGAAAAUGCAGAGCAGAUAAUCAAUGAAGUUCGAGGUAUGCUUGAAGAACCUCGCGAGAAUGGCGGCAAUGCAGAUGAAGAUACACUCAUGAGCAUUAACGAUGAAGAUCCAUUUGCUGAGUCAACUUCCAGAGGAAGAGGCGCAAAGACAACUCGAGCCCGUGGAAGGGGAAGAGGAGUUGCCAGAGGUCGAAAAGUUGCCCAAAUCUCAGAUGAAGAUGAUGAGAAUCCGUAUAUGGAUGAACCUCCAGCUCGGCCUGCAAGAGGACCAGGUUCGCGGGGUGGCAGAGGAAGCAGAGCAAGAGGCGCCAAGGCCGCAGCUCCAUCGGCGAGAAAGACUUCUCCACCGCCAUCCAUGAAUAUUACCAGAUACACAAGGCCAACUCAGCCAAAGCCAGGCAACAGAAUUGGAAGUUUCUUUGAUGAUGAUAGCGAUUGAGAAUGUUCCCAGCUCAAUAAUAUGUUCCUCUUGCAAGCAUUUGUAAAAUGUAGGAUUUAAGUGUUAUUUUAAAAACGUGUGAUUUUUACGGAGCAAUUUAUUUUAAAUGUCCAUUUCAAUAUACAUAUUCCGAACAUGAUAAAUCAACUGAUGUAGUAAAAUA